AUGGUAGAUUUUAAGUUAAAAACUGUGCAGCUUCUGGAUAACCUUGGCAAACUGAACAUGAAGAAAAAGUGGGAAAAGGUUGCAAAGAUGCAAGGAGUUAGAAAAUCGCUCAUAGUGAAGUGGCACAAGAGUAGGGAAAAAUUAAAAUUGGAAGUAAAGAUGAAUAGAGUGAAGAAAAACGCAGGCAGUAUGAAGGAGGCACGAAAAAGGAGAAAAAUGGUAUGUGAGAAAUCCAAGAACAGUGAGAGAUAUCCAUCAGCUGUGGAACAUGUUGUAAGUGAGUUCAAGCUUCGAAGAGCAGGUGCGUGCAAGAUUUUGAAACUUUGGCAAGGAUUCAAAAGUUUCACAGGAACUUACGAAAUGCUGUGA